GUAAGUGAUUUGUAAUCGUCAGCUCUUUUGAACUGUGCACGUCCUUCGUGUUUGUUGCAGCAGAUCCCUGAUUCUUAAAGUCAGACCCAUCAUGGAACACUUUUUGAAUUUUAAGCAUUUUAUUUUAAAUGAGACAGCAGCAGGCAUUAAUGUUAUAGUUCGUGGGUAGUUCUCUCACUUAAGGAAAGUUUACAGUUUAGUAUUGAAAAGCCUCACUUUGAUGAAAAUCCUGAAUACUUAUGGCUUAAGUGCUGUUUUAAACAUGCUUUUUGUGGGGUGAGGAACAAUUUUAUUACUUUUUUCCUCCCUUCUUUUCCUUGCAGACAAGGUUUUUACAAGCAAGGCAGUACGUUCUCUAUCUUCUGCAGGGAGACAUUGAGUAACCUCAUUUAAGCCUUGAGAGGCUAAAAACAAAGUUUCUUAUCCAUUGCUUGGGAUACAUUUUUAGAUGUAAACUCUUGGCUUUAGAGACCCCAAAAUAAAUCUAUAAGAAAUAUUUUCCCAGGGAAGUAGAGAGUUCCCACAGGUUAACUCAAAUUUUGGCCCUUUGCCUGGGAAGAGGAAAUUGUCCCAGAAGAAAGCCAUCAGUCAUAUGGAGUCACAGUACUUCCGCUCAGUUGACUUUUAAGGAAAACAGCAGUAACUCAGAACUCUUAUUUACUGCUAUCUUUUGAAAACGUUUCAUGACCUGUGCACUUUUUAUAUCACAGUCUGAAGCAAAUGUACUUCAAAGCUUCCUGUUGGAAAGAGCGAACAUGAAGUCAUCUGUAGAGAGAAUUAGAUCAUAGUCUUUGUGGAAAAUGUGUAGGGUUGCAUAUCCUUUUCAUUUGCACCUCUCAUUACCACGGAGCAUACUUGAAAUUAAGAAAGAAAGAGAGAAAGAAAGAGAGGAAGAGAGAAAAAGAAAGAGAGAAAGAAAGAACAUGUUAAUGUACCAGUGGCUAGGCUUUCUUUUUCCUGCCUUUUUAAAGCUCAGAUACACAAAGCUGUGCGUUUAAGAGAAUAAGUAAGCUUUUUAUUUAAUUUUUUUAUUUUUGAGAUAGAUUUGUGUCGUUGACUAAUCUGAGAUUCCAGGCAAUAGUUGUAUGCUGCAAUUUAGUUAUAAUGUAUUUUCCGUCUAUUUUGUGUAAGUGUUAAAGGGUGGACAGAUAGAAUACAGAGAAUUAUAACACAGAGUGUGGAAGAACAGUAAAUUAAAGCUCCUAAUUAAAAAAAAAACCCUAUAAAUUUGGAAGAGGUGAUGUGGGUUUAGUUAACUAUUAGACACUUACGUAAGCAUUAGGUAAAUAUUUUGGGUGUUCUAAGUCAGUGUUCCCAAGAUGAGAGACCAACUCUUGUACUGAAAGAAUGCCACCUCCGUGCCAGAAUUUUAGCCCACACUGAGAGGUCCCUGCUGGCGAAGUGGUUGGUUAGAGUGAGUGAGUGUGUGUGUGUGUGUGUGUGUGUGUGUGUGUGUGUGUGUGUGUGGUGGGUGGUACAGUGCAAUUAUAGCUUCUGUAGUUUUCCCAUCGUUUUUCGAUUUUACCUCGUCUCCAAAGUUGGCAAAGAUUCUCCAUUAAUGCUGGGCUCUCACGGAAGUAACAUUUAAAAAGUAUAUGGUUCCCUUUCAGUAAGAAUGUUUUGGAACUCCGCUGUGAUUUUAAGCCCCCACCCACUUCACCAAACCCAGCAAAUGGAAGAAGCCAGGCCUCUAGUGAACCAUUGGGCAGCUGAUGCUAGCACAAAUGGGAGGGACCAGGGAGCAGCUGAGAGGCCUUCUGUGGCCCCAAAUCGUUUGGGGUUUGCCCCUAGAAGAAUUCAUUGAUCUGAGUUUGGCCGGUGCAGAAGAGGAGAGCCUAGGAGAGUGGGAGGCUUGGGUGGGGGAAGUCAGAUACCCCAUCCCUAACCUUCCCCCAAAGGUACCUAGAUGCCUGGGGAAUCCCUCCCAAGCACCGUAGCUCUCACCUUCGGAGAGUCAAGUUUCUUUAGGAGCGUUAGACACCUGUGUGAGGCGCUCCCUGUGGGAAAGGUGGCGUAGGGGACGCCAGAGCUCCAUCCACACCGCUUUCCUCUGUGAGGCUGCGGUUACAAUCCCUCCAGAAGUCAGAGCUGUUAGCAUGCACACUCUGCUCUCUUCCUUGGUCGACAGGAACCUAGCCCCACAUUCUGGAGACGGAGCCCGCUGACGCCUCUCCAGUUUGCUCCGGGUCCUCUCCCUCCCACCUCUCCACCUCCAAAGUAGCGCUCCAGCCUCUCUCCGCCCGCACAGCCCCAGCGCCCCCGAGCUUUAUCAGGCUCCCCACACACAUCGUUGGCUUCCUUUGGCACCCGGCGCUGGUGACCCUGGCGGAGCAGCCGCCUCCUCCGAGCCCAGUCCCCCUCCUCCCGCCCGCGGGUCACCGCGCCUCCAGGCUCUGCUCCCCCAGGCACCGCGGCGCCCACCGCCUUUCAGGUUCAUCCUGAGCUGGACCUGUUUUGCUCAUCCCUAAACCCGGAGAAGUGGAAUCUGCACACUGAAACUCUCGGUGGCUGGAGCGGCGGACUGGGCAUGCUCAGAAGCCAGGUUUGGCUUUGGUCUCAAGUCGAAGGAAGCUUUUGCACUCGCGAGGCAGCGGCGACUUUAGGGAAAGUUGAUCCGAGAGGGGAGGAAGCCCCAAGACGCGGAGCAGCGGCAGGAAGGAGCCCCCGGCAGCCCGGAGGAGCAUGGGCACCCUGCGGGAUUUACAGUACGCGCUCCAGGAGAAGAUCGAGGAGCUGAGGCAGCGGGAUGCUCUCAUCGAUGAGCUGGAGCUGGAGUUGGAUCAGAAGGACGAACUGAUCCAGAAGCUGCAGAACGAACUGGACAAGUACCGCUCGGUGAUCCGGCCCGCCACCCAGCAGGCGCAGAAGCAGAGCGCCAGCACCUUGCAGGGUGAACCGCGCACCAAGCGCCAGGCGAUCUCCGCGGAGCCCACCGCCUUCGACAUCCAGGAUCUCAGCCACGUGACCCUGCCCUUCUACCCCAAGAGCCCACAGUCAAAGGAUCUUAUAAAGGAGGCCAUCCUUGACAAUGACUUCAUGAAGAACUUGGAGCUGUCCCAGAUCCAGGAGAUUGUGGAUUGUAUGUACCCUGUGGAAUAUGGCAAAGACAGCUGCAUCAUCAAGGAAGGAGAUGUGGGAUCACUGGUGUAUGUCAUGGAAGAUGGGAAGGUGGAAGUUACAAAAGAAGGUGUGAAGCUGUGCACCAUGGGUCCAGGAAAAGUGUUUGGGGAGCUGGCUAUUCUUUACAACUGUACCCGGACAGCGACCGUCAAGACUCUUGUAAAUGUGAAACUCUGGGCCAUUGAUCGACAAUGUUUUCAAACGAUAAUGAUGAGGACGGGACUCAUCAAGCAUACCGAGUACAUGGAGUUUUUAAAAAGCGUUCCCACAUUCCAGAGCCUUCCUGACGAAAUCCUCAGCAAGCUGGCCGAUGUCCUCGAGGAGACCCACUAUGAAAACGGAGAAUAUAUUAUCAGGCAGGGUGCAAGAGGAGACACCUUCUUUAUCAUCAGCAAAGGAAAGGUGAAUGUUACUCGAGAAGACUCACCAAGUGAAGACCCAGUCUUUCUUAGAACGUUAGGAAAGGGAGACUGGUUUGGAGAGAAAGCCUUGCAGGGGGAGGAUGUGAGAACGGCAAACGUAAUUGCUGCAGAGGCUGUCACCUGCCUUGUGAUUGACAGAGACUCAUUCAAGCAUUUGAUUGGAGGACUGGAUGAUGUUUCUAACAAAGCAUAUGAAGAUGCAGAAGCGAAAGCAAAAUAUGAAGCCGAAGCUGCCUUCUUCGCCAACCUGAAGCUGUCUGAUUUCAACAUCAUCGACACCCUUGGAGUUGGAGGUUUCGGACGAGUGGAGCUGGUCCAGUUGAAAAGUGAAGAAUCCAAAACAUUUGCAAUGAAGAUUCUCAAGAAACGCCACAUUGUGGACACAAGACAGCAGGAACACAUCCGCUCGGAGAAGCAGAUCAUGCAGGGGGCUCAUUCUGACUUCAUUGUGAGGCUGUACAGGACAUUUAAAGACAGCAAAUACUUGUAUAUGUUGAUGGAAGCUUGCCUAGGUGGAGAACUCUGGACUAUUCUCAGGGAUAGGGGUUCAUUUGAAGAUUCGACAACCAGAUUUUACACAGCAUGCGUGGUAGAAGCAUUUGCCUAUCUGCAUUCCAAAGGAAUCAUUUACAGGGACCUCAAGCCAGAAAAUCUCAUCCUAGAUCAUCGAGGUUAUGCCAAGCUGGUUGACUUUGGCUUUGCAAAGAAAAUAGGAUUUGGAAAGAAAACAUGGACUUUUUGUGGGACUCCAGAAUAUGUAGCCCCAGAGAUCAUCCUGAACAAAGGCCAUGACAUUUCAGCUGACUACUGGUCACUAGGAAUUCUAAUGUAUGAGCUUCUGACUGGCAGCCCACCUUUCUCAGGCCCAGACCCUAUGAAAACCUAUAACAUCAUACUGCGGGGGAUUGACAUGAUAGAAUUUCCAAAGAAGAUUGCAAAAAAUGCUGCUAAUUUAAUUAAAAAACUAUGCAGGGACAACCCAUCAGAAAGGUUAGGAAAUUUGAAAAACGGAGUAAAAGACAUUCAGAAACACAAAUGGUUUGAGGGGUUUAAUUGGGAAGGCUUAAGAAAAGGCACCUUGACACCUCCCAUAAUUCCAAGUGUUGCGUCACCCACAGACACAAGCAAUUUCGACAGUUUCCCUGAGGACAGCGAUGAGCCACCGCCUGACGACAACUCAGGCUGGGACAUAGACUUCUAAUGUAUUUCUCUUACCUGCUUCUGCCUUGCUGAAGACAGCUUUUUCUGAGACACAGCUGCCAGCAAACCUGAGGGAAAGAGAGAAGAUUAGUGCUCGGGGUCACCAUGAUGCCUUUGAUCGAUGCUGCUCCAGUAACUACGGUGGCAUUAGGACUUAUUGCUUAGAUUGUGAUAGUGCUCUUUACAUGUUUUAUGUUGGAACCUAAAAUAGCAGUUGACAUGGUGGUCCUGAAGCAAAGCCUUUCACCAGUAAAGUGAUGUUUUCUAUUGUUGCAAUGACCUUGCUUUGCUCUGAUUAUGUUUUGAAAGAGUGUAGGAAAUACUUCAAUCUAGUAGAAGAGUCUGUAUCUUGCUAGAAUUACCGAGAAGAAUAGAGAAUAAUAUAUUCGGUACGAUAGAUGACUGUGGUACAAAACCUGGGCUAUUCCUUUUCAUCAGGGAAGGGUGUGGAGCUUCUGACUUCAAGCCAGUAUGUAUAUCGUACAAAGAGGAGCACACAUCUGUAGGUCACAGACUUCAUGUCAAACCAGUGCUAGAAGUUUCUGAAUUUUUUUCCUAGCUGAUGACAAGACUGAAUGUUACCUUUUCUUUCUGAUGGUUUCUAAAAUUUGGUCUGAUAAAAAAGCACAAUUGCUAUGGUUUCUGAACAAGCCUCCCACGGCAGGUACAUAUGCGUAUUUGGAGGAUUGAAAAUGUGCAUGAUAAUUGAGAAAUUGGCAUGACAAAGUGGAGGGAGAAAAAGAAUUCACAACACCAUUUCAUAUCUUUAAAAUAUAUAUAAAUAUAUUGUGCUUAAAGAUGGUCCUGGAAAUGACUAGCAGCCAAUUGGUUUUAUUUAUUACUUAACACCCUCAAACCGAGGCUUAAACUCUUCCCUUUUAUAAGAACACACCCUUGGGGCACGGGUGGGAUAGGGUGGGGAGGAAUGAAGACCCAUCCAAAAAAAUAAAAAUGAAAAGGUGCUAUGUCUAUCUUUCAUCUGUAAUGUCAGUGUCUGAACGGAUGACACAGAUCCUAAUCAUCCUGUCUAGCCAGAGACUCAAGCAUUUUCACUAACUUUAUUAAAAACAAAUUCCUGUCAGAUGUCACAACACAGUCCAGGGCUCAGAGAGAAAGGAUAUUAAAAAUGUAUUUCAACUGGUCACUUGUCUUAGACCUGAACCAAAACAAUAUAUAUGCAGUCUGAAAGUACAAAGUCAAUGGUAUUGAGAGUUACUACUAAGGAGCUUUGUUUAUUUGAGGUCAGGGAGGAAGACACGGAGUUGAGACCCUUUCCCUCAGUAAGUUUAUCAAAGUUAGAAGGGGUUAGAGAGGAACACAGGAGACUUGCUUUCUCAAGACUGCAUUUUGUCUGAUAGAGCAGAGGUGUUAAAACAGCCUUAGAAAUUUCACAUGAGCUAGAGAAGACAAGAUUUGAAAAUGUCAAGCUGUCUUUUUCACAUGAGGAAAAGGAUCAUCAAAUUAUAGUGUGUUGUUGGCAGGCCAGUUGACCUCUAUCAUUAAAUGGCAGAAUUCUCCAGAAGCUUUCUUUAGGUAGCAUUUUACUUAUGUAGGUAAAUGUACAACCGUCCAAGACAGCACCCUGAUUUGGAAAUCAUGUUAAUAGAGAUUUGCUAUUUUUCCAAUAGUUUUUUUAAUGUAGAAAUUCUUAUAAAAAUGGUUCCAUUAGGUCAUCACAGCCUACCCAAUAAAUGACAUGAGGUUUUUUUUGAAAUUUCAUACUCAAAAUGACUUUCAAAUGUGCUAUCCUAUCAAAAUAUAAUACUCUUAAAACAUUUGAAGCCCAAAACUACUGAAAGUAUGUUUAAUUGGGGUAAAGUUCAAUUAAAACUUUGAUCCUGAUAUUAUUAUUACUGUAUGAUUAGAAUCUUCUCUUUCAUAAGCAGUUUCUCAAGAUUAGUAGAUUCCCAGAGAGAUCUGUGGAUUUCAACAGACUAAAUAAUAUAAAAAUUAAAUGCAUCAAGCUAAAAUUCAGUGAUUUCUGGAGGUUUAUUUAUCUUUUAACUGAUUUCUAAAAAGCAUAUAAUCCCAACAUUAUAAUCAGUGUUUAAUAUUUUCUGUUGCAAGAUAGUGUGGUUUAGGUGCGCCAAAGGCUUGCUAGGAUGUUACAUUUGCCUUGUUAUUAGCAAAGGGAAUUGUCUCUCUAACCUUUCAAAUAUCCACAAAUGCCCAGGAAUUUUCACGGACCAUGUAUUUGGGGACUUUGGUUCCAGGCUAAGACAGCUCAUGUGGCUAUAUGGAUUCUAUGAAGGAGAAAGGAGUUGUUUUCAGCACAAUGUGACUGUGGGCUGUUUUCCAUUUGUGAUACAUCUUUGUUCAUUUCAUCCACAGCAUUGAUUAGAAUGUCCAAUACAAUCCCAAGAGAUAAAGGUGACCUCUAUCUUCCAAGAGUUGCUAACAGAAAACAUACAUCAGAUUUUCAAAACUGAAUUUUAAGAAUUUAAAUCUUGUCUUAAUGAAGACACUAGGGCUAUCAUUCAUGGUCAGCUUGAUAAACCACAUCUUACUUUCUGGACUUUUCCAUGCCCCUUUAUUUUUAUUCUUUAUUUUCUUGCACUAAAGACCAUCUGGAUAAACUAGAAUAGUGCCAAUUUGUUUGAUUUGCUAACUGACUUUCUUGUUGAUACUUCUGUGUAUGGGAAAUAGGGCUGUCUGUGUGUCUUAAAUCACAGAAAAACAGCAAACUGCCAAGGAGAGGACAUCACAAUAUUUAAUUAGACUGAACACAUUAGAGAAAAUGAGUUUUGGAAAAGUGUUAUAGUUGAUUUUUAUACUUAUGAGCUUCUUUAUUAUUUGGAUGUGAAUCAGAUCCAUGUAGCAUUUAAAACAAAUUUAUUUUUAUUAUAAUCCUUACAAGUCAGAGGGGUUUUUUUCUUAAAAUUAGGGAACAUACAUGUGAAUUACACAUGUAGAAUAAUAUUUAAACUAUUGAAUCUUUCUCACUUUAUUUCCAAAUGAUAGACCUGAUGGUGAUCCUAAAGAAGUCAGCUACCAUAUUGAACACAAGGGUAUUAAACCCGACUUUAUACAGUAGAGGUUUCUGUGCAUUUUCCACACAUUUUCUUUCACAGUAGGACCACAACAAAUAUUUAUGUAAAUAGAUAUUUUGGGGUGAUAUUUUGUGGUACAUAUAACUUUUUUUAGUGUUUCACAGCAUUAUGAUUUUAUUUUAUUAUUUGUAUUAAAUAAUGUUUUUAGGUCCAAGUAGACUUGAAUGAGCGUCAUAAUUGUUAGUAUUAUUGAAACUUAUGUCAACAGUACUGUCACUCAUCUGUCCCAUAGUUUAGAACAUGACCUGGCUAUCUGGCGUUGUUGCAAGUGCCUUAAACUCAUGGCAUCUUAUUAAGAAAACAAAUUUGGUGUUAUGCUGCAUGACAAAGACAAACACACCUCAAAAUGUUGUCCUUUCUUAGCUUGCUGCGUUUUACAGUUCUUUCUGCUAACGAUUUAUAAGCCUUUAUUAUAUAAUAUUGAUGAAUUACAGAAAUGAUGAAGUUGUUAUCUUAUUUCUGUUAAAUGUACCAGAGCUGUGUGUCUGUUCAUGAGAUACAGCGUCAUUUCUGUGAAAUGUAUAAAUGUAUGUGCAGGUCAAAUUACUAUAUGACAUACUAUCAGUCUGUAUACAGGUAUUCCUGUUUUGCUCAGCUGUGCAGACUCAGUAAAAUUUAAAAAAAAAAGUAGUGCAGUCAAAUCCUAAUGUAUCUCAUUUUAUAGACUCCAUUAACAAUGGUUCAACCCAAAAGAAAUAUUGGAAAUGACUGCUCACCACACCUCGUUCUGAAACCAAUGAUGAAAAUGUACCUUGGUGCACCCCUCAACAAAACAGGAUGCUUUCUCUGAGUUCUUGUAUAUGCAAAUCAUGUAUGAGGCAAGUUUUCGGGAGACCUUGAGAGCAAAAUGUUGAAAGUAUGUUGUUAGCCCUCCUCCUUUCUGCCCCUGCAUCAACAGACAGAGCUCUGGGACCUUGGCCAUGACACAGAGGUUUGGGCUUUCUAAGUAAAGGGACAUUUCUUUAAGCGUCAUCUAUCAAGUUUAUUUCAACGUAUGAUGUUUUUACAACUGGUCAGUUCUUUUGUAUUCUUACAGCUAUGGUUAUUUGAUUGUCCUCUUACAAUUUGUGCUACAUGAAAGAGUCUUUUGUUAGAAUGCAACAAACUGUCAUCUAAUGGUCAUUGGCCACUUGCACUCUUUUGAUGUAGAUUAAAAACUUUUUCAUAACUUAACCUGCUUUGAUUUGCUCUGUAUUUUCCCUGCAGCUGUAAUUGCAGAGUGCCUGUUGGAUACUUUAUAGAGUUGAAAUAAAAAAAAAUAAUUACUUUUGAA